AUGUAUAUUUAUCCUCCUUUCAUCUUCCAGCUCAAGCGAGCUCGUGAGUGCACUCGAUCAGUGACAGAGGCUCAAAUCGGAGGCCGAACGAACAACGGACUUUCUUCUGCUUCUCUGCCAGAAAACUCUCAAUGGACUUUCGACAUGACGCAGUGCUUGAUCAAAGCUAUACGCCUUUUCCCACCCGGAACUGCACAAAGGUUAGCUGGUUUGUAA